UUUCCAGUGCAAAUCUUCAAGAAAUGUGCCAUGCCCACAGGCUUUCAAUCUGCUGUAUUAUAAAUGAAGUUAUUAAUAGGCUUGCAACAUUGUAUUUGAUUGAUUGAAAACUAGCGUUCAUAACAGGCUUUUCUAGUUAUAAAUAUCACUAAAGAAGAAUAUAAUCCCGAAGAAAAAUAUAUUUACGAAUUUUGGCAAAGCAAAACAAAAUCUAGACGAUUUUCGCUUCUGAUAUUUUUCGUCACAUAGGUGAUUGUUUAUAUGACAAAUAUAUAUAAUUCCAAUGCAUUGACGCAUUCCCAGUACCACUAAUUAUAUAGUAUAUAGGAUAGCAAUGGGAUACUACCCGCUGUACGAGCUAAAAGCGUUGUGGAGGAAGACAAAAUUCAAAGAAGUUAUUCAUAUAUUCCACAUAUUAAAUUGUAUUAUGUGUAAGAAGCCAUACAAAUGAUAUCUGUGUCUAAGUAGCCUAUCCAAUGUAGACAGUACACAGCAACAUUCCUUUAUAUUUUCACGUGAAAAUUGUUUAGAAUUUUUGUUUUUAUUUUAGUGCGUGUGAAGUGGUGUUUUUUAAUGGCUUCAAAGGGUGAUUAAUGUAAUAAAAGAUGCAGAGUUGACAUAACGUUGUUGGUGUGAUAAUGAAACUGAAAGUGGACAUGUAUGCGUUUUCGUCUAUGUUGCUCUUGCUGUUGCGGAUAUCAAUUGCUGGUCGAGUACAGGCUGCUGUCAGUUUUCUAUCAAAUGCAUCAUAUCAAGAAAUGGAGUUUAAAGGGGAAACCAGUCUCUCUCUUCGUGACAUAUUACCCGUUAAAGCCAAGUAUUACGAUAAGAACAGGGCUCCAAAGUCUCUCGGCGAGCCUACUAUCGUCUAUUUCCAUGUCACUGUAUUGUCUUUGGAUUCUAUCAAUGAAGAGAGUAUGACAUACGUAGCAGACAUAUUCCUGGCGCAGUCCUGGCGGGAUCCAAGGCUCCGACUCCCAGAGAACAUGCACGAGGAGUAUAGAAUCCUCGACGUUGAGUGGCUGAACAAUAUCUGGCGGCCAGACUGCUUCUUCAAGAAUGCGAAAAAAGUCACUUUUCAUGAAAUGAGCAUCCCGAAUCAUUAUCUGUGGCUGUAUCAUGACAAGACUCUCCUGUAUAUGGCUAAAUUGACACUAGUGCUGUCUUGUGCAAUGAAGUUUGAAUCGUAUCCCCAUGACACUCAAAGUUGUUCUAUGAUGAUAGAGAGCUUAUCGCACACGGUACAUGAUCUGGUGUUUAUAUGGAACCUGACGGAUCCGCUCGUCGUCAAUCCAGAAAUAGAGCUACCACAGCUGGAUAUAUCAAAUAAUUAUACUUCUGAUUGCACUAUUGAGUAUUCUACAGGCAAUUUCACCUGUUUAGCAAUUGUAUUCAACCUUCGUCGACGCCUGGGCUAUCACCUCUUCCACACUUACAUACCGUCAGCGCUGAUCGUAGUCAUGUCCUGGAUAUCAUUCUGGAUUAAGCCGGAAGCCAUCCCCGCACGGGUCACUUUGGGAGUCACUUCACUUUUGACAUUAGCGACACAAAACACGCAAUCUCAACAAAACCUUCCUCCGGUCUCAUAUGUCAAGGCUAUUGACGUGUGGAUGUCAUCCUGUUCGGUUUUCGUCUUUUUGUCUCUCUUCGAGUUCGCUGUGGUCAACAAUUAUAUGGGUCCAGUAGCGACGAAGGUCAUGAAAGGGUAUUCUGAUGAAGAUCUUUCGAGAGAUUUGGAUGCGUUCAAGCACAUUUUCCCAAAUUCAGUGGAUCCUCGCGCAAGUACGUCGGCCUCGCUCCCGCAAUACGACACAUUCUGUAACGGGAGAGAGACGGCUAUAUACAUCGAUCGCUUCUCUCGAUUCUUCUUUCCAUUCUCCUUCUUCAUUCUGAAUGUUGUUUAUUGGUCUACGUUCUUGUAGUUUCUCAUGAAUAUUUGAAAGUUAUAUUGUUGCUGUAUACACCAACAACUCUGUGAAUUACUAUGAAAAAUAAUGAUGAAUGUGAAAUGUAAGAUUGAAUACUAGAUGACCCGGUGAACUUUACUUUAGGUGAUACGACCUACACAUAUGUAUGCCAAAACCUAAUACAACAUUUUUAAAACAGCCCAAAGAGAUCCGACUUCAGACUACAGAUAUGAAACACAAAUUUCUGAUUCUAUAAAUAUAUGACAACCGAGUAACAAUUUUUAAUUUCCAAAAAAAAAACACAACAAAUAUUUCCCUGCUAGGAACAGUUUUUAUUGGAAAAUUCAAUUAUCGUAUUAGUAUUUUUAAUUAUUAUUUACCACCGUAAAUUUUCAUUGCAAUAUCCAUUCUCGAGUUUUAGCGAGACAAACGAACAGCAAAUCAUUUUUAUAUAUAUAGAUGUAAGGAAAUAAAUUUCUCUUCAAAUUAUUGGUGUGGGAGAAUAACAGUUCGACAUGACCCCAUAUUAUCGCCACCCCAUCCAACAGUUCAAGGUUUUGCCUGUAUGAUAGCUGUUUUAGUAUUUAUUAACUUAUUAGUUCUUUGGUUCUACCACGAAUUUGCCAAAGUAUUAAUCGCUAAUAUUAAGUUACUUUUUUUUUAAAUAAUUUUUUUUUCUCCCAUAUAUCCUGCCUGUAUGAUAGCUGUUUUAGUAUGUAACUUAUUAAUAGUUCUUUGGUUCUACCACGAAUUUGCCAAAGUAUUAAUCGCUAAUAUUAAGUUACUUUAUCUAAUUUUUUUUACAUAAUUUAUUUAUUUAUUUUUCUCCCAUAUAUAACUUUUGUGUUUAAUACUUGUCUAUCAAUUUCAACAGCUCGAACAAUGUCCAAAGAAUGUCUUACUUUGUAUUGACACUUACAAUCUGCGCCUACAAAUCCCUACGAUGACGUAAAACACACACACCAUAAAACACGUUCACAAAGUUACCACUCAAUACCCAACAUCUGGACCUUAGACGAAUGAUUUAAAUAAAAAAAAAUCCUUCAUUGGCGAGAUAUAUUUUGUUCUUUUCUCACCCUAGUGAUCUAUCCUACCCUUCAAGUCAAGGUUCAACUCUCACAGGAAACAUCCUUAUCGACACUGUACUGAUAACCUCGUAUAGUCAAAAAAUCGUUUAUUUUUUUAUUCUUUGAUUCUUAUGUCAUUUAACUGGUAUAAUCUAAAGUAAGGACUUAUACUAUAAACUAUGGACAAAGGCAUAUACUGAUAUAGGAAUAUUGUCAAAUUUUCGUUUCUUUGUUUUUUUUUUGUUUCCUUUAACAUUUGGUUCUCUGAACAUACGAGAUGAUCGUUCUACAACGGUCAACGACGUUAUGCUAUAGAACCCAUUUCCGAUAGAGUUACGCCAACAGUCAAAGACUUUUUUUAUGAAAAAUAAGAAGAGGCUUCAGACAGAUCAGUCAGUUCUUAGUCUAAUCGAGAAUCCUUCCUUUAGAUGGGAGCAAGAUUCCUUUCUCCAGUUUCAAAUACGCUCCUUGUUCCUUGUUUCUGCCAGUUAGCGAGUUUUUUUCAGGGGUCUGUUCCAUUAAAAGCCUUAUCGUAAAACUAAUUUAGAAUAACUUGAUUGUGUACUGCCAAUAUCUUUUCCACUAGAUUCUCACAAUCAUUAAUGUUAUUAAUUAAUUUAACUAACUGUUCAUCAAGCAUUCAAUUUUAAUAAUUACAUCACUUGAAAUACUUUAACGUGUUUAAGUUUUCUAGAUUUUAUUAGACAUAAUUAUUACGUUGCUAAUGUAAUAAUUAUUUAUAAACCAAUUCAGUCUGUUUUUAGCAUUAUUCCUGUCAUUUGAUUUCAGUAGCAGAUCGAUAGGUAAUAUUGUUAAAUCUGGUUUGGUUUUAAUAAAUCGUAGUAACGGUUUUAAUUCUAAUAAAAUGAAAAUGGUUUAAAAUAUAUAUUUUAAUUUACACUUAAACCAGUCGUGUUGACCAGAGCAGGUUUGGCAUAGCCACUAGUGGCUUCAUCGAGCUACUCUUAUUUUUGGGUCGUAGGUUUGAUCCCCAGCUGUGUUCCAAUAGAUUAGAACCUAUUUCUAUGUGUUCAUUCAACACUCUUACGGUGAACAUCGUGAGGAAUUCGGCAUGACUUGACCCAAAAAUCGAUAUGUAUGAGUCACAGAAGGUUAAUCACUUACUUGUAAGAAAUUAUCACGAAACAGAUACAGAAAUCUGAGGCUUAGACCUAAAUGGUUGUGGCGCCAUUGGUAUAUAUUAUAUUGUUGACUACUAUUCAUAGCAAGGCCAAAUAAGAAAACUAAAAAUGUCAGGGAGUAAAUUUUAGACACCUAACUAAGGGCCAGUUUCACAAUGUCCGGAUAAGUUCCAAAUAAGCUAUUUAUUACUUAUUGGUAGGAUAAAUAGUAUUUUUGCGUUUCACGAC